CCAUACCUCAGUCACAGCUUCUGGGACUCAGAUCCCAACAGGUAGGCAGGUCGUGACGUAGGCUGCUGCCACCAGCCUGCCCUACCCCCACCCCAACCCCCACCGUCCCGCCUGCCUCCCAGCUGCGUCCGCCGCUGUCCUGUCUGGCCGCCCGGUGUCUGCUUCGCUGCUCCGCGCUCUGCGGCGCUCCCACCCCGAACCCGAAGACUCUGCCUCCUCCUCGUUCACCAUCCCGGCUCCCGGACCCCCCCCUCUUUACCCGGUGAAUGCACCAGCGCCAGAAACAUGACGGGCAUCGCCGCCGCUUCAUUCUUCUCCAAUUCCUGUAGGUUCGGGGGUUGCGGUCUCCAGUUCGAGUCUCUCGCCGAGCUCAUCGUCCACAUCGAGGACAAUCACAUCGACACAGAUCCGCGGGUCCUGGAGAAGCAGGAGCAACAGCAGCCCACUUAUCUGGCCCUAAGCUACAUCAACAGGUUCAUGACUGAUGCCGCGCGUCGGGAGCAAGAGACCAUGAAGAAGAAGGCCACACCCAAACUGUCCCUGUCCAUCACUGGUGGAGUGUCCAGGAACAGCACAGCCACACCUCCUCGCCACACCAGUGGUAACCUGACACCUCCCGUCACGCCCCCAAUCACCCCCUCAUCUUCCUUCCGCAGCAGUACACCGACAGGCAGUGAGUAUGAUGAGGAGGAGGUAGACUACGAGGAGUCGGACAGCGAUGAGUCGUGGACCACAGAAAGUGCCAUCAGCUCCGAGUCCAUUCUCAGCUCCAUGUGCAUGAAUGGGGGAGAGGAGAAGCCCUUCGCCUGCCCCGUCCCCGGCUGUAAGAAGAGAUACAAGAAUGUGAACGGUAUCAAGUACCACGCCAAGAAUGGCCACCGCACACAGAUCCGUGUGAGGAAACCCUUCAAGUGUCGCUGCGGAAAAAGCUACAAGACCUCACAGGGCCUGAGACACCACACCAUCAACUUCCACCCACCCGUCUCCACUGAGAUCCUGCGUAAGAUCCAAGGCUAGAGUCUGUGGUCACACCAGUCAACUACCCCAAACAUGGCCCUGUUCUGACUUUCCUUACCCGACCCUUUAACACCCAUCCCACACACUAAAGGAUCAAGUGCAUGCUUUAAGUUGCUUUCAUUUAGUCCCCCCCCCCCAUCCUUUUAUUUGUGUUAUAUUAUUUGUUUUCAAUCCAUGAUAUAUCACUUGUAUUUUUGAAAAAAAAAAAACAAACAAGUAUCUUUGUAGUAUUUUUAAUGUUGUACAUUUGCACAUUCGUAUAUGCUAUCACAUUAUUUUUUUUCUAUUGUUUGACUUACAUAAGGUGCUAACUGUAAAAAACAACAGAAAGAAAAGACAAAAAACAAACGAAAGAAGAGGGAAAACCUAAAAGAAGAUGUGAAAUAGGAAGAACAACCAAGCCCUGCCCCUUUUUCUGCUCGUCUUUGAGUGGAAUGAAGUUCAUGUUAGUGCUGAUCUAAGUUCAGUAGUCGUUGUACUCCCUUUCCAUUAGAUACAGAGAGUUCGCUGAAUUUGGAUCUGUGCCUUCACAGUAACUUCUAGGGAUUAAAGUGUGAGAGUUAAGUUAUACUUAAAAUAGAUAUAUGGAUAUAUAAACAAUAGAUAUGUAUGUGUACAUAAAAUAUAUAAAAGUAUUCAUGAACAUCUACAUAAAUAGUUACACUUUAUUUUCAAACUUUAUUUUAUAUAUUUUUGUCAGUGUUUUAGAUAGUGUUUUUUUAUAUGUAUCAGUAAGUGUUCCUUUCAUUUCUCAUUUGCUGAGUUUUGCCAGUUUUGUCACUUCAGAGGUCAAAGUCAAAUAACUGGCUGACUUUAGGUUUGUCCAGGCAGGUUUUUCUCUCACCACAUCCUAGAGAUUAAAAGCCAAUACUGCUCUCCGUUUGACACUCUGAAUUGUUGUUACUGUUGAUCGGGAAGAGUCGCUCAGCGCUGAACUUCUUAGAACACGGCCCAGGCCAGUAAUCCAUAUCUUUCAUCCCCAUUGAAAACCAUCCAUGUAUUUCAUAUCUCCGGAGUUUCCUCAGUCAGAGUGCCAGAGCUGUGUUCCAGAGACUUAGCCGUGAAAACAGGUUAAGCAUCUUGCUGUGUUCCACUUGCCAAGAUCUUUGUUGUUGUUUUGUUUUUCCGUGAUUGUUGCCAACAGCUCUCCACUGCCAAACAUUGACCAUUCCAUGUGCCUGAUGAGGGGGUUGGGGUGUGGGGAGGGGGGAGGUGUAAUAGUUUCACCACGGAGCUCGCCAGACGUGUGGCAAUGAUUUUCUUCUUCAUCGCUCCUUCAGUAUGUGCAGAUGAGUGGAUGUACAUUGCCGGAAUGUUUUCAUGCAUGCUUUGUGUGUCACGACAGGAGAAACUGUGUGUGACAGGGUGGAUUUGUAUUUGAAAGAGAUUACCGUCUACAACCUGUAAUUGUAGAAAAGAGCAUUCCAGUUCAUUGUACGUAUGCGUGUUUUUUUUUUCAGCAGUAUCCAAGUCAUCAAAGUGUUACUGUAUUCUGUGUUUCAGUACUUUAUUACCUGAUUUAUUAUGUUUUCGGUGCCAGGCCGCUGGUUUCGACUCCUGUGGAGCAGGAUGGCUGGCUGGCAGUACUGGGUCAUGUAGAGGUGACCAACUUGUUGCCCCACUUACUGGAAGUUCAUCAUUCAUUGCAUCUAGAAAAUCAAGAGCGGUGCAGCAGUGUGUGCCGAUACAUAUUCUCUGUGACAUCAUUUCCUUCAUCAUGCAUGUUUUUUUUAUCCUGCAGACAGCUCAACGCACGAGCCUCAUGUCUUUGGUUCAUUUGAUGGGAACAGUGACCUCUGACGUGCACACGCCCUCCCGUCCUCCAGGCAGACCUUUUUUUUGGUAUUUAUUUAACCCCUUCAUUCAUUUAGGGGUUAAAUGAACAUAUCAACACCCACAUUUCAUUUUAAUAUCCUGUUCUUGUUAUAUAUUGCACAGGUACUGUACUUACAAAGCCUUUAGGUAGUGUGCUUCCUAACAAAUAAGCACAAAUAUGGCCUGAAAGACAUCCACGUCUAUUCUGAAGCACCAAGAUCCAAGAACCAAGAUCUCUAAAAUCCUGGUGUCAGUUUCAAAGUACAUCUGCGGACUUAAGUCGGGUAACCUUGAGAUAGUGUUUGGCGUGUGAUAGAAAAGCUUCAUUCCUGCCUUUCAGCGUACCUUUCAGUUUCCACGGCUGGGAUCAGAGCAGAGACAGACCUGAGAUGGAUGGAGGCAGAGAGUCUCCCAUUGGGAACUCUGUCAAACACUUGUAAAACCAUGCCCACUUCACGGACACCGCAGUCACCACGGUGACAGUUUGAGAUUUACACAGAGGCCAACUGCAGUAUUACACAUAUGGGAGAGGAGGAGAGGGGGCUGUGCAGGAGGAGGAGAUGAGGGAGGGGGUUCGAUAUACCAUGUACAGUGAAUGUAUUGUAAUGUGUGUCUUGUCAAGUGCUUUUAAAUUAUAUUUUCAUAUGUAACGUGGAGACCAAUGUUUCCUUUUUGUAUGAGGGGGCAGCAGGUUCUGAGCAGAGUAACUUGUAAACGAUGUCAAACUGUCUUUCUAUAUAAAAGAGAAGCUGCUUAAAUGUAAACACGAAAUGACUGAAAAAAAAAAACAGAAAAAUAAAGUUAAAACCUCCGUA